GGUCGCCUGUCGUGUUUGGCGCCACGGUUGUCGAUUUAACAUAUUGGUCCACGGCGCUCUUGGAGAAGAACAAGAUAGGGGCAGUCCAUGGAAUUUGCGUGGUGGGAGCAGGUCCGGUCCGUCGAGGUCGUAGAAGCUUGCAAACGACAUCCAGCCUUUCGACCGACUAUGACCUGGUCAUUGUUCCGCUCGUUCACACCACACAUAUCCUGGCUUGCGGACAACUCAUCAUCUCCGCAUUCGCCCAUCCUUACUAGAAUUCUUCGCCAAGGGACCGCUUGCCACACGCCCGCUGGUCGUCAUGCGCCAUAUCGCCUCGGUUUUGUUCCCAUACGGACGCUCGUUUCUUUUCAAGCCCUUCUCCCAGAGAUCCUCCUUUCGAGGGUUGAUGUGGGGAUUGGCUGUCCUAUUCCCACCGUCGUGCAAGAGAUUUCCCUCGCGCCGUAUGUUGCGAUGUUAGUGUUCGUGCAAGUCCCACUCCAUCACGUUCCAGUGUCUGUAUAUACAAACCACAUCACCCACCCCGUUCCUUUCCACGUCUCCUUUUCCCUGGUCAUCUCUUUGUCCCUACACGCAUACGUUGAUUGGGAGGGAAGGUUGAUGGAGUACGGAAAGAUCAAGUGAAGCUGUCGGUAUCGCCCCACUCUCUCAUAAGUCGCAUCUGUCAACAUGGCCUUUAUACCACCCUCCUCUGCCGGAUAUCUCUGAUCAGGCGCGUCUCUUCCCU